AUGGCUCAAGUUGUGGUCGACCAGGCGACCCUUGAUUCAGUCAAAGGCAAAGUAGUGGUUAUUACAGGCGGCGCUCAGGGCAUCGGUGCAGCAACCGUCACCGAGCUCUACCACUCCGGAGCGCAUGUCUUCUUCGGCGACUGGAGCGAGGCGCAUGGCUCGCAGCUUGCAGAGCAGCUACGCAGCUCCUCUCCUUCAUCAGAGGGCAGCGUGACGUAUCUCAAGGUCAAUGUGCGAGACUAUCAGUCACUCCUCUCGCUCUUCGACGCGGCGUACAACAAGUACAAACAGAUCGAUGUGGCCAUCAGCUGUGCAGCAGUGGCGGAGCGACCGGGAUAUUGGGAGCCAGAUAAGUUGAACUUACAGAGCGUGAGAGAGCCACCGACUGGAAUCACCGACGUACUCGACAUCAACCUCAACGGCACAAUGUACUUCACCCGACUGGCAGUGGCAUACCUGAAAGAAAACCACACAUUCGACCCAGAAAGUAGCACUCCCGAAUCCAUUGUCUCCUCGAAAGCCAUCACCCUGGUCUCCUCCUUGGCCGGGUUCAAAGAGUCGCCUGGCCUGUUCGCCUAUUCGGCGGCAAAACAUGGUAUUAUGGGACUCAUGCGAUCACUAAGACCUUUUGCUCCACCAGUGUACGGGUUGAGGGUCAAUGCUAUAUGUCCCUGGGCAACAGACACCCAAAUCUUCUCCGGCGUCCAUCAAGCGUGGGUCGAUAACAACCUGCCACUCAACAAGCCCAGCGACGUGGCAAAGUAUAUCAUCCAGGUCGGGGCCGACCCACGCACACAUGGCAAGGCGCUUUUCGUGGCGGGUGGGGAGGCCGUCGACAUCGAAGAAGGGCUGAACCGUCUGGAACCACAGUGGCUAGGGGAGAAGAAUAGUCGCGCGUUGAGUGAGGGGCAGGCCAUUCUUGGAUUGGGCAUGGACUGGGGCCAUACGAAGAAGUCCUGA